AUGGCUGUGGCACAAGCAGGGGCUCCCAGCGGUUGGUUCUGGGCAAGUGCAAACUCAGUGCAACCGAGUGGAGAUGGAGAUGUGAAGCAGCGCAUUGAGCCCAAGGUGUUGGCUGCCUUAGUGAAUCGUUUCACCGCGGAGACUGCGGAGUUUCUGACGGCCUUUGCCACCCAAGCGGAGGCCACUGGAAUUGAUCUCGGCUGGGAGGCAAAACUCUUGCAGCUGUCCCAACGCUUGGAACGCCUCGAGAGGUCGGGGGCGAAGGGAGGUGGGAUGCCGUUGAGGCAGGAGGGGUUUUCCUUUCUCGAUAACUCUGUGUCGCCCAAGUGUCCUGGCACAUGCGUGGUGGGCGAGGGUCAGCCCUUUGCAGAGGUCUCCUACAAGCGCCACACGCACCAAGUGCUGCGAUGGCCUUGCCAUUCCUUUCCCUUCGAGCUGAGCUCUGGGAAGCUGGAGAUCCAGAUCUACCUGGCUGAGGAUGAGUUGGCUUUCCAACAGCAGUACCGAAAACCUGCCGGUAGCUGUUUCUUAAACCUGGAGACACUACCAGCUGUGCAAGGCUUGCAGGAGCUUCGCUUGCCUUUGGAGGCCAGCCCAUCGCGCAGCCGGCUGUGGCCGGCGCUGCCGCCGACCUCGCUGCCGCGAGGCGUGGUGGUCACCAGCCUUCGAGUGCUGCUGCAGCGCCGGGAGAAGCUGGCAGCCGUGGUGUGGGCGCUGUCGGUGGGGGAGACGGACUUUGCCAAGGUCUUUGAGCCGCCCAGCGAAGAAGCGCCGGAUCUGCUGGCGAAUCGCUGGAGGGCCAAAUACGAGAAGCAGAAAGGGGUGGUGGAAGGCUUGCAGAGGGAGCAUGAAGCAGCCCUACAGAAGAUGGACGACCGCGUGCAGCUCUACAAAGUUCAGGUCGCAGCGACUAUGGAGCUGUGUGGCAAGAUUGUUUGGCAGCAGAUGGCACAUGUCGCCCUGCGAGCAUGGGCCGGAUGGGUGGCAGAUGAAAAGAACCAGCGGCAGUUCGACCAGUUGAGCGAAGAUGCUCGGCUGUUCCACCUGCAAAGUAGCCAGCAGAAGAAGGAACAAACGCAGCAGUUGCGGCAGCUGGAACAAGAGAAGGAGGACGCCACGCAGCGGGAAACGACCUCGCAGCUGCGCUGGGCCAGGUGCCUCGAGCGCUGGGCCGUGGCGCUGGAGGCGGAGGGCUCCGAGGCCUUCGUGGCCUUCGUGGCCUGGAAGCGCCGCUGGUGCCAUCUGCGACAGGUCCAGAGGAUGGAGCAGCUGGUUGCAAUGAGAGGAACGGAUUUGUUGCAGCAAAUUGUUCUGGCCGCCUGGCACGGCACGCUGGGCUCCCAUGCCCUGCAGUUGGCCGCGGAGCGCCUGGAGCGCCUGGACGACAGGGUGGCGCAGCGCGAGCUGCGGCGCCGCGCGGCGCGGGAAGUCGCGGGAGCGGCGCCACGGCCGUGGCAGGUGGAGGCGGCGCUGCAGAUGUGGAUCUUGGUUGUGAGGAGCAAGCAGAAUAACAGCUUGGUGGCCAAUAUGGUCGACUUCACAGCCAAAAGGGUCUACAUGGCAGCUGGCUUGUUGUCGUUGUGUUUCUGUCGUUGGCACGCCUCCAUUUCGCGCUUCGAUCUGCGGGUGCACUCGGCUCGGGAGGCGCAGCUUGAGGCACUGCGGCGGCAGCGGCAGCUGAUGACGAAGGUCAUGGGGGCCGUGCCCUGCCGAGUGCUGCCAACCUGCAUGGCAAAAUUCGCCUUCUGCUGUUGGCAGGACGUGACGCAGCAGACGAAGGUCCAGCAACGGCUGGAGCUGCAGCACUCCCAGCGCGAGAGCGCCGAGACGCAGCUGACGACGGAUCGGAAGGAGAUGCAACGCCUGCAGGUGGCAGCUGCCCAGGAGGAGGACGGCUGGCAGACGGAGCGUGCCGAGUUGCUGGAGCGGCUGCAACACCUGCAGUCCAGGCAAAGCGAGGCGGAGACCCAGCUCCAGAAAGCCAGAAACCGGAGAUUGGCCGUAGCGGCUUGGCAUGGCACUUGGGUGGUUUCUGUCCAAAGAUGGCCAACAUUUGCAGCUGAUAACAGGGGCCUGGAGCAUUACCAAGAGCAACUCAACAGGAAGCGCGACAGGUGCCUGGGUCCCCUGGGUCUUUUCUGGGAAGCUAAGCAUCCGAUGUUCUGCUGCUGCGCCGCUGAGCCUCCAAAUGCUACGGAGGUGAAAUAUGGAGACACCGAGGAGAAGCUACGAGAGACCGCCACGUUGGUUAAGACGGCGCCCGCCAUGACCAGCGAAUUUAUCGCCGAUGUCUUUGAGGUUCGCUUGAAAGACGGCAUGCACGGCAUUGUCAUCGACGUCACCGAUCCAGAAUGCACCAUCGUGAAGAACAUUCGCGAGGGUACAGUCAGCGAUUGGAACUCCACGUGUCCCGAGGGAAAGAACGUCAAGGAGUUCGACCGCAUUUUGGAGGUGAACGGUGUGCGCGGCAGCAGUGUGGAGUUAGCGAAGGCUUUAGGCAGCGGAACUGAGGGACCAAUGGUGCUGUCCCUGCAGCGACCUGAGCAACGAGUGGUGACGUUGCAACGCCCCGGUGAAAUUGGAGUGGUGUUGAACUACAAGAAGUUGGGAUCAAAAGCCCCAUGGAUCACCAAGAUCAGUGCUGGACUCUUGACCAGGUGGAACGAGGACACGCCUGAACAGGCCGUAGGCAUCCAUGACCGCAUCCGCGCCGUGAACGGCGCCAGCGGCACGCCGGAGGAGUUGAUGGCUGGAAUCAAGGAUGCUGCGGAGACGCUCGAGCUGACCGUGCUGCACUACGGCUUUUGA